CAAUGAUAAAAUUGUCUGUCAUUGUACUUGCUGAUUUAUUUGGACUUGGAUUUACAAAUAAAUUAAAAACAAGCUGUCGAAGGCUUUCACCAUGUCUGAAAUGGAAGUAACAGAAGGUGGAAAUGAUUUUGCCAAUGAUUUAAUGUUGCUUGAUCGGGUGUUUCUAAGGCUUGGCAAUGCGGACUCCGAUGACCAGCUUGAGAGUUGUCUUGGCAGAUUUCUGUGUCCUGUCAUUCUAAAGCUAUCAUCUCCACAUGAACAGGUGCGAACCAAAGUGAUGGAGUUAUUAGUACAUGUUAACAAGCGUGUGAAAUGCCGAGCGGACGUGCAGUUGCCGGUGGAAACGUUACUGCAACUGUACAAGGACCCUAACGCCAAUAGCUUCAUCAUUAAUUUCACUAUAAUAUACAUAACGAUGGGGUAUGGGCGGAUGCCGCGCGCGCAACAACUGAGUUUAGCACCGUCCCUACUGGAAGCGCUGGAAAAUAAGCCUCAACCGCAUCAAGAUGGGCUACUUAUGUUGGUAAUGCCGCUUCUAGGGGACAUCAAGGAGGCCGAUUUAAACUUGAAAGAGAAGCCCAAAUUGGCUACCUUGGUGCUCAAGUUUGCAACUGAUGUGCUGUUGCUGCCAUACAGGGCUUUACCGAACUCUGGCGAAUGUGAAUUUCAAGUGCCGCCCGGGAUGAGCAUGAAGACUUACAAACGCAUCGUGGAUAAGAACCAGUUGAAUCCCAACCAGUUGGAAGAGAUGAAACUGUCAAUCGUGAAUUUCAUAACGAAGGAUAUAUUCAAUAUGAGCGAUACUCUACUACCUCUUAUUGUGGCGGCCGCGGACUCCCGCUUCAGUGUUGCCAACCUCGCCAACAGUCCGCUCAUACGAGCCAACAGUUCUGUGGACUGGUCGCUGGCGUCCGUGGCGGCGCCGCUGUACGCGCUGUUCCUGGGCACGUGGAGCGGGCUCAAGGUGCCUCCCGACGACCGCAAGGUACCUGCUUGCACCAGACUCCGUUUGAAGUUAAUACAAUACCUUAAUAAAGCUUCAGGACCAGCUAUCAUGUUCCCGCACUGUGUACAGGUAGUGUUCUCGUCACUGUUCGAUCCGAACACAAAUUCCCGUCUCAGAAACAUGGCGCUAAUGUUUUUGCUGAACGUUAUAAACAGCGGCGACGUAAACCAAUUGAAGAAAGUUGCCACAAUAUUCCUGCAAGGGUUGCUGAAGUUGAUUCGUUCGGACGAGUACGCUGAACAUCAGCCUAAAGCUUACAUGUGUCUCGGUAGACUGGCGAUGAAGUGUCCCGACAGCAUCAACAACCAGUUCGCAUUGCUGGAAGAGCUGGUGAAGAAGAUUCCAGAAGCCACUCCCGAGAUGAAGACAGCUUUGCGUGACGCGCUGUUGGAGAUGGCGGCCGCUUUUAAGAUAUCGCCUGAUGAAAAAUCCGCCUCAAGCCCUGACGAAGGACCAAGCAGUACGAAAGUGUCCCGCAUGGACGUGGACGAGCCGCUCGACGAGCCGCAAGCGCUCGCCUUGUUCGCUCUGCUCGACCAUUACAUGCAGAGCGAAGAGUCAAUGAUCCGAUACAUCGCAAUGCGGUACUCGUCCACUGUGUUCCCUCAGGACUACAUGCCGUCCAGAUAUUUGUUGCUUUUGGCCAGCGGUGACAGCCAAGACGAAAUAUCAAACGAAGCUCUAAAAUGUUUAUACGGAACAUCCCGACCGACUGAGAUAGAAGAUGUAGUGAAUAACGUGAGCAAGAAGGAGACGGCUACAGUCAACAUUGACGAGGAAUCGCCUAAGCGUGACAAGGACAGAACAGAGGCACCGGAGUUCAAAGUCCCAAGGUUCAAAACUGUGGUGAACUACAUAUGGGAUCAAAUGCAGAAGAGGAAGGCGGGCUCCAACUCCAAGCACCGGUUCGUGGUCGGAAACCAGGUGCUGCAGUUCCAUCCGCUCACUUUCCAGGAGAUCCUCCGCUACAUGCGCAUGUGCCUGAACCGGGACGCGAACCUGACCUCGUGCUCGGAGCACCCGAACGCGACAUCUCCCCAGCUGUCGGCGUACGUGCGCGAGCAGCUGCUGGAGACGGAGGUGCUGGAGAGGUUCCUCGCCAUGGUCACGUCGCUGCUCGCCGCCGGCGCAGACUUAAUGCCGCUGACAUGUUUCCUCGACAUAGUCGGCUGCGUGCCGGACAAGAUGGCCGCCAAAUACACGAACCUCCUGCCGUUCCUCAAGACUCUCUUCACGACCAGUACCAAGGAAGACAUUCGUGAUACAGCCUCGCUUAUCUACGCUAUAAUCACUGUGCAUACUAGCGAUAAGUCGGCGAUAGAAAAGGAGAUUGAAGAGUUUGUGGUACAGGGGAUAGGGAAUAAGAGUUUGGAGAGCCAGUGCGGGUAUUUGAGUGCGUUUGCGCAUGUGUGCGAAAGGUGUAUCGUAAUGGCGAAGAGGGGCAAAUUUGGGGGGAAAGGAUUCAGUGCGGCCAACUGGGAGCCUUAUCAACAAGGUGUUAUAAGUUUGGCGAACUUCCUGAUCAGCCCGCAAACUCUUCUAGUCAACACGUCCUGCAACGCAGUCUCACUUCUCUCAAGAUGUGCGGGGCUGCCACUGCCUAACACUACUCCAGCGCAAGACGCGCUCAUGCAACAGGACAACCCGUUCUCGUCUGCCGAUGACUCCAAUGACGUCAUCACGAAGUUCACAGUCGCCGAUCGCCUGUUCAAGAUUGUGGGUAACGCGAAGUUGCCUUCCAAAGUGAAGGAGAGAGCGUUGUUCACGCUGGGCUUGCUUUGUUGUGGGGAACGACUGAGUUUCGCCAAGCAAAUUGUUAAGGGAUUCUUACAGAUGGCUAAAGAUAGUAAAGAGUUUGAAAUCCACUUGCAAAUAGGCGAGUCUUUAGUGUUGUGCGUGGAAGGUGUCAAUUCUAAUGAGAACAGGGAUUUGUGGACGGAACUCCCGAGGGAGGGUCCGCAGAAGAUACGCGACCACGAGGCUCUGAAAGAGAAUGAUGAGCUCUUGGAGUGGCUUCUCCACCAGCUGUUUAAGAUCGGCCAGCACCCCCAUCCGCACUCAAGACAAGCGACCAGCAUUUGGCUGCUGGCGUUGUUGAAGAACUGUCCCGAACGGGAACCCAUCAAGACCAAACUGCAAGAGCUGCAAAAUGUCUUCAUGGACUAUCUCUCGGAAAAUAGCGACAUAGUCCAGGACGUGGCCAGCAAGGGCCUGAGCUUAGUUUACCAGAACAGCGAAGAUAGCCAGCGGCAGCAGUUAGUGUCGCAGCUGGCCGAGCAGCUGGCGGGCGGCGCGCGGGCCGCCGUGCGGGUCACCGCCGACACGCAGCUGUUCGAGGAGGGGCAGCUGGGCACCGCGCCCACGGGGGGCAAUCUGUCUACGUACAAGGAACUGUGCUCGCUCGCAUCGGAUCUCAACCAGCCUGAUCUCCUGUACAAGUUCAUGCAUUUGGCUCAUCACAACGCCGUGUGGAACUCAAAGAGAGGAGCAGCGUUCGGUUUCCACUCGAUCGCGAUAUCGGCGGGCGCGAAGCUCUCCGCUCAACUCCCGCGCAUCGUGCCGCGCCUCUACCGCUACAGGUUCGACCCCACCCCGCGCAUUCAGAACUCCAUGGCCGCAAUAUGGCAGGCGUUGGUGCCUGACACGCACUCCACCGUGCAAAAGUAUCAUAAGGAGAUAUUGGAUGACCUCGUGACCAACCUGACCUCAAACCAGUGGCGGGUCAGGAUGUCCUGUUGCAACGCUCUCGCCGAUUUGUUACGUGGCGCUAAAAGUCUCCACGAGUCAUUACCCCAGCUGCCCACGAUCUGGACGCAGCUCUUCAGGGUCAUGGACGACGUGCACGAGGGCACCAGGCAGGCCGCCGCCACCACCGCCAACGUCCUGUCCAAGCUAUGCAUCCGAGCGUCAGACGUGAGCCAGGGUAAAGACGGCAAGGAGAUAGUGUCGGCCAUACUGCCGGUGCUGCUAGACACCGGCAUCACCAACGUGGUCAGGGAGGUCAGGAGCGUCAGCCUGCAAACAGUAUCAAAACUGGUCACCGCUGCCGGGGAAAGUCUCAAACCUUUCCUGGACAAGCUGAUUCCGGCUUUAGUCGGCGCUGCGGGGGAGUUAGAGUCAGCCAAACUGUCUUACCUCAGCACCGCUCUCACUGACAGCAACACCAGAGAUACACUGGACGAAUUGAGGGCCAAUGCGGCCCGCCAUCAUUAUACUACUGAUACCGUUGUUAAGUGCAUGCCGUACAUCGACAUCGAAGUGAUGAAGGAAACUCUGCCGAAGAUCCUGGAACUGAUGAAGUCCCCCCAGCUUGGCACCAAAGUGGCCUGCUGCCAUUUCAUAGUGCUCGCCGCGCACUAUCUGAGGCAGGAUCUGGAGCCAGUCGCGGGGAAGAUCAUGUCCAAUUUACUGAACGGGACAUUCGACAGGAACCCCACCGUGAGGAAGAUUUGUGCUGAGGCGCUUGGACAAGUAUCAGCUUGCGCCAAGAGUCAGUCAGCAGAAAAAUUGAUGAAGAAAUUAGUCGGCCUUUACGAAACGAAAGAGGAUGAAGCGUCGCGGUCGGCCAUCGCUCUCACACUCAAAUCCGUGGCCAAAGCCAAGAUAGAGCACAUCAAAGACAAUGAGGAGAUAUUGGCCCCGGUCGUGUUUUUGGCUAUGCACGCGCCCAAAGACAACGAUGACUCAUCGACAGUAGAGAUGUUCGAAGAGAUCUGGACGGACAUAAGUCCAGGACGGGAGACCGGCAUCAAGGAACACCUGCCUCUAAUACGCGACGAAAUAGAGAAGGCGCUGAACUCUAGCAGUUGGACUAAGAAGAUACAGGGCGCAAGGGCAAUAUCGACGAUUUGCAAAGAGUUAUCGUCUGGUUUGGGCGAGCAAAGAGAGCCUUUAAUGCGUGCUUUAUUAGCCGCCGCGCACGGGAAGACAUUCGACGGGAAACAGCACUUGUUGGAAGCUUUGGCUGAACUUUGCAGUGUUAAAGAUGGCGAGCAACCGCUCUCUCCGAGUCUAGCAGAAGACUGCAUCAACGCCUUACUGACGGAGUCUCGCAAGCAAGACGUGUCUUACAAGACACACGCCAUCAGCUGCCUGGGGGCGGCGCUCGCGGCCGCCGACUGCGACAGGUUCCAACAGGUCUAUGACCUCGUCAAGGUCAUACUGUCCAAGGAUGAGUCGUCAAUGGACAAAGAUUCCGAUACAGAAGACAAUGAAGGCGCUCGUCUACGGCGAGAACAAGUCACCGCGCUCAAACAGGCCGCCUACGAGCUACUGGGCAAGGCUUGGCCCACGGAUCCCCACACUCAAGAGAAAUAUCAGGACGUAUUCUUCGAGCACUGCGCGACAUGUUACCCCGCCAGCUCGCGGCCCACGCAGCUCGCCAUACUGGCGGCGGCGGCGCGCGUGUGCGGCCGCCUGUGCGCGCCCGCAGCCGUGACGUCACCGCUCGCCGCGCUGCUGCGGCACACGCUCGAGAACAGUAAUCAAGUGAGACACAGAAGGGAGGCGUUACAUAUUAUGGAAAUAGUCGUCAAAAAAUUAAAAGAUUGCAACAUGACAACAGAACUGAACAUAUUCAAAGAAAUCUACCAAACUUACGCACCAGAUCUGUCAAAGGAUUCGUCACACGAAAUCCGCUCUAAAGUCGAAAGCAUCAAGGUUCUUUUUAAGUAAUGGCGUGUAUUAUUUAUAACGGAUCGAUUUUAAUAUGUAUUGAAUAAAAAUUAACUUCUGAA